AUGAGGACAGUGGUCCUAUGGGGCCUGCUGGCCCUGCUGUAUCAGCACACACUGGUUUCCAGCCAUGUACUGGGAAGAUCCUACUCCCCCAGUGACCUGGCCCAGCUUAAGUCUUUGCUGGGGAAGUUUGAAGAGACCCUAUCUGAAGCAACUCAAGAGGAGGACACUGAAGCUGACUAUGAAGGGGUGAACCAAGAGCCUGUACACAGCCAGGAUGGCCCAAGAUGGAGCUCAGACCAGGAGGGCGGACAACAACCUUCAAUAUUAGAAAGGCAACAACCAGCAGCUGACAGUCACAGCUGGACUCCAAGUCAGAGGAGUCGGCUGCAGGAACUACUGAUGUCCACUAGGAGCAGGGUGUCCGGGUGCUUUGGAGCCAGGAUGGACCGGAUUGGAAACGCGAGUGGUCUGGGAUGCAACAAUGGAAGAGGGUAGGCUGACAGUUUCUUGGGAUUCACCUUUGAUUGCAGAUUUUUCAUCUCUCAAAGAA